GGCCGGAAACGCAAGGGUGGACCUUGCAGUGGUAGUUUUAUACGACUUGGGUCGGGGGAUUGGUGUCUGAGCGGUCUCAAGCGACAAGGGACCUGCGGGCCGAGCUCGAGAUCCAUCUGCCCAGAGCUGUCUUCUGCAGAGCCCGGCAUGGGUUUCCUGACAGCGGUGACUCAAGGCCUGGUGCGGGGAGCGGACAGAAUGAGCAAGUGGACAAGCAAGCGGGGACCACGCACCUUCAACAAGGGCCGAGGUGCUAAGAGAACGGGCAUCUAUGCCUCAAAUGGGAAGUUUGUGCAGAUAAAGGAAAUGGUUCCAGAAUUUGUCGUCCCGGACUUGACCGGCUUCAAGCUCAAGCCCUAUGUUAAUUACCGAGCUCCUGCGGGCGUAGAUACACCCCUGACCGCCAAAGCGCUUUUCUUGGAAACGGCGGCACCUGCUAUUGAAAAAGACUUUAAAGAAGGGACUUUUGAUGCUAACAACUUGGAGAAAUAUGGCUUUGAGCCCACACAGGAAGGCAAGCUGUUCCAGUUGUAUCCUAAGAAUUUCCCACGCUAGAAAACUGACAGAGACCAAAAGUUUGCCUAUGAAGUGGAGACAAUCCAAGCCUUCGAUUCUGAGUGUCUCAAAAAGGAGGGGCAGCUUCUUUGUGCACUUCUAUUAAAGGCCUUUGGUAACUCGUGCAAUGUGUGUUUUGAAUCAAGUCACUGAAGUGGACCGCAAGGCAGAAUCCAUGCAGUAGCUACAGAGUCCAUAACAAAUUCCAACCGAGUCAGGUCUGGGUACCCUCUGGCUCCAAGUCAGAGAGCAGUAAGUAUCCCCAAGGAAAACCUAAAGAUGGAAGAGAGGAGAGCCAUCUGCUUUUUCAUGACCAGUGGACCUGAUUCGUCAGUUUAUCAGAUGUCAUAUGUCCCUUUAAGACUUAGUUGACCCUUACAUUUAAUACCUUUUAUUGAAAUAAAUGGGCCUGUAACU